CAAAAGGGGUAGGGGAGUUGGAAUUCACAUGAAGCUUAAUUGGGAAGGAGGCAGGGGCAGCAGAGCAGUGAGUUUUGGGUUAGAGUAGCGAGUAGCGAGUAGCGCAGCGAAGUCCCAUUGGGCAAAAUGGCUUUUCUGUUCAACAAGUUUCAGGAGGCUGUCAAAGUUCUUGCGAAAAAUUCCCCUAUGCUUGCCAAGAAUCCUAGGAAACUACAAUUUGAGGCAGAUAUUAACCGCCUUUUCCUAUAUACCAGCUACAAUCGCUUGGGAAAGGACGCUGAUGAGGCAGAUGUGGACGAGAUUAUUGACAUGGCUAAUAGAGCCUCUGUUGAUGAUCAACAGAAACAAGUCCAAGAAAACAUUCAUCUUCAAAUUAAAAGCUUCUGCAUGUCUAUGGAUGAACUUCUUCUACCUGAUGUAAAGAGCACAAAUGAGGUCACUGAAUCACCUAAACAAUCAAAUGCUACUCCUCAACGAAGUGGACUUAGUUUAGCUAUUGGCAGGAACAGACCAGGAGAUAAACAUCCUGAUGUGCCUGAGACAAGGCCAUUAGAACGCGCUGAUGUAUCUCAAAAAUUGAAAGAUCUCAUUGGCUACACUCUCGAUAUCAAACCUUCUCAGAUACCCCAUAAGGAAGCAGGCCAAGGUUUAUUUUUAAAUGGUGAAUGUGAUGUUGGUGCUGUGGUGGCUGUGUACCCUGGUGUAAUAUACUCCCCAGCAUAUUACCGUUACAUUCCUGGAUAUCCAAGAGUUGAUGCACAGAACUCAUAUCUGAUCACAAGGUAUGAUGGAACUGUGAUCAAUGCCAAACCUUGGGGUUCUGGGGGUGAAACACGUGAUUUCUGGGAUGGGUUAACAGUACCAGAGAUCAGACCUAAUAUGCAAGGAGAUGAGAAAGGUUCAGAUCGGCUCUUGAAGCUCCUAAGUAAGCCCUUGGAUGGCAGGCGACUGGGAAAGAGUGGCGACAUUAUAGAGCGGAGGAACCCUUUAGCUUUGGCUCAUUUUGCCAACCACCCUGCAAAGGGUGUGGAGCCGAAUGUAAUGAUUUGCCCUUAUGACUUCCCAUUAACCGAAAAGGAAAUGAGAGUUUAUAUUCCGAAUGUAGUUUUUGGAAACGCAGAAGAAGUGAAGAUGAAGAAAUUUGGGAGCUUUUGGUUGAAACUUGGGAGUUCAAGAAAUAGCGGAUCAGAUGUUCCUGUUUUGAAGACCCUUGUUAUGGUAGCUACAAGGGCACUUUGUGAUGAAGAAGUGCUUUUGAACUACAGGUUGAGCAACUCUAAGCGUCGGCCAGAGUGGUAUAGUCCAGUCAAUGAGGAGGAAGACCGAAGAAGGUGGAGCUAAGCUUCGUUAAAAAGUUUGGUAUUUAUGUUAUCUGUAUUAUAUUCAUGGUUCAUUGUGACCGUGAGACUUUUAAGUUGAAAAGAAUAGCUGCAUAUUAGGUUAGCACGUGGAAUUUGAGUUAUGUGGAACACCGGAAGAGAAAUUUUGCUUGUGGCAUCUAUCGUAUUUAGGGAAAUCAGUAAAGUUUCCAUUUUCAGACGCAACAGAAUAAAGUAUUUGACAGUGAA